AUGGGUGACCGUGGAGGAAUUUCGCUGCUGGUGCGCAACAUCAGCCGCCGACUCAGACCCGAGGACAUCCGCAAGGAGUUCGAGCGCUAUGGCGAGGUUCGCGAUGUCUACAUCCCCAAGGAUUUCUACACCAAAGAGCCCAAGGGCUUUGCAUUCGUCGAGUUCCGCAGCGAGCGCGAGGCAGAGGACGCUCGCCGUAACCUGGAUGGUGUACGCAUUGAUGGCCGCGACAUCCGCGUUGUAUUCGCUCAGGAGCGUCGCAAGUCGACGGACCAAAUGCGCGAGCGUGAAAGGACCGAGAAACGCGGAGGAGGCCGCCGCUCGCGCUCAAGAUCCCCACGCCGCCGUGCGCCGCGUGGCCGAUCUCGUUCGCGCUCCCGUGACCGUCGGGCUCCGGCUCGUCGCUCGUCACGUUCGCGCUCUCCUGUGAAGGCUCGAUCCCGUUCUCGUUCUCGCUCAGGCUCUCGCGGCCACUCGCCUGCGCGUCGGUCUGGGUCUCCGGCUCGGCGCUCGGUCUCCCGGUCGCCGCGUGCACCGGCGUCGCCUCGUCGGUCUGGGUCUCCUCGCCGCUCUACAUCGCCGGCUGCUCGGUCGCCCUCACCUCGUCGCGCUAACGACCGCUCGUACUCGUCGUCUCCCCGACGAGAUGAAGGCCGCCGCUCGCCUUCGGGGUCUCCUCGUCGCUCGAGUGGCCGGGAUUAAGCCCCUACGAUCAUUAUCGGCGUGUAGCAGCUCUCGAAGCCCAGUUAUCCAACCGGUUACCACUGACGACCCAAGCUACCGACAUCAACAACUGCAUGGAAACUGCACGGCAUCUCGCUUCGACUUCCUCCUGUCUGCUUCGCGAUUGUUUGCUGCUCGCUCGUGUUGCUCUCUACCAGAUUUAGUACUUCUACUUACACAGAUGCAAGACAGGCAAUAACAAGAGCAAAAGUCUGAAGAUGGUGAAGACUCAAGCACAAAGAUACAAAGGGAAAAUAAAAACAAAAGAAGACUGGCAA